GGACCUCAAUUGAAGCACGGAAUCCAGGUGACUUUUUUCAAUGAGUAUGGUCAGGAGGCAGGCGUUGAUGGAGGAGGUAUCACCAAGGAGUUCCUAAGUGGAGUUGUUCUUGAAGGAUUUGAUCCCAACGGCCAACGACGUCUUUUCAAAGAAACCAGCGAGCACCAACUUUACCCGAACGACGAGAUCUUCACCAAAUACUACAAUAAAAUCGACUUUGAACAACAACUCGAGCAACUUCAGUAUCUUAGGUUUCUCGGGAACAUCGUGGGCAAGUGUCUUUACGACCAGGUGUUGAUUGACGUUUCAUUUGCACCCUUUUUCUUGAACAAGUGGUGCAACGCCAAAAACAUGAUGAAAAAUUCGAUCAACGACCUCAACUACCUCGACCCCGAGUUGUUCAAGAACUUGGUCAAGUUCACCAAGAUGUCGGGUCCAGAUAUCGAGGACCUCGACUUGAACUUCACCGUUAACACCAGAGCUGACGGUAAACAGUUCAAGUUUGAUUUGGUCAAGAACGGCGAGGCCAUUAAGGUGACGGCCGCCAACCGACUGAACUACAUCCACCAGAUGGCCAACUUCUUGCUCAACACGUCGCUCCAUAUUCAAUCCAAACACUUUCUUCAAGGGGUGUUUGCGGUGGUGAACUCCAACUGGCUCAAGAUGUUUGACUUUAAUGAGCUCCAAAUGCUUAUUUCUGGAUCCAAGGCCAAACUUGACAUCGCCAACUGGAAACAGAACGUCGAAUAUGGCGGGUACCUUGAAAGCGAGUCUACCAUUCAAUACUUCUGGCAGGUGGUGGAAGAAAUGACGAGUGAAGAGCAGUCGAAGCUCGUGAAAUUCGUAACAUCGGUUUCAAGAGCUCCACUUUUGGGGUUCCAGUCGCUCAACCCCAAGUUUGGCAUUCGGAAUAGCGGCCGGUCUACUGACCGACUUCCUACGGCUGCCACCUGUGUAAACUUACUCAAGCUCCCAGAUUAUCAAGAUAAAGAGGUGCUCCGCCAGAAGCUCAUAUACGCGAUCAACGUGGAUGCAGGAUUCGAUUUAUCGUGAGGCUGACACCGCGAAUGCGAAAUUUCUUAGCACCAAGAAAUAGUUAGUUGUACUAUGAAAAAUGAACAGAGUUUUCGCCAGAACCACCGUGGUGGCGGCCCGUGUCGUACGACCCUUCGCGUGGUAUGUGCCACUACCUCGAUACACUCGGCCUUUUACCCACUCGGCAGUGUUGAGGAUUAACCCAUUGCUUCCAUUUGAUGUGGUGGAGGAGCUAAUGGACGACGGAUUGGAGGAAAAGAACGACGAGCUCAAGAAAGACAAGAAGAAGUUGCAGAAGAAGCUCAAGCAGAAGGACCAGUACAAGAGUCACGUGUUACCCGAGCUCCCAUUGUGGAGAGCACGUCAGAUCAUGACCCGACCCGACUACAUCCAAGAAUACGACAAUUUGAACAUCUUCACCAUCGACUCCGAGUCCCGCGUGCGAGCCGACUCGAUCCCCAUGAUGCGGGGGUUCCACGAGAUUGCGUCGCAGCCCAACUUUGAUGAGCUUCUUGACGAGACCAUCGAAAGAGUCGCAGACAUCGAGUCUUUGGGCCGUACGCGAGAAAUCGUCAUUAAGGAUUUGGGACUUGGUAGCAAGUACCGGGUAGUGGCCCACAACGACACCAAGAGCUACGAGGUGCUGUUGGACAAGUCAGGGCGUCAGAAGCUUAAAGACGGCGACGAACAAGACGAGGACGACCAGACCUCGGACUAUUUUCUUGAAGAUCUCCAGACCAAGGAGUCGAGACGGUGGUGGAAAAAACGCAUGCCAUCGACCAAGCGAGCCACUGCUUCCGAUGGCACCGAGUACGACAUCGACCUCAAUCGAAGCCCCACCCCAUAAAUAUAUAAUGUAUAGUGUGUAUUCCUCGGUGGCAUCUGAAAACCUCACUCCGCAUUUUCUUAUUGAAACCCAAAUCUCUUCCUCCUUGUACUUUACUCAAUGUCUCAAUUGUACACCCAGGAAAAGAAGACCAUCAGUGCACACACCCCACGACUCCCUGGUACCACUCUAUUGGCCGAGGACCAGCGUCGGUUGAAGCUCGUCUACCAUAAAUUCACCACCACCACUCCUCGGUUCACCACCGACCAAGUACGAAUUAACGUCCUCUUCACCCAUGGUACCGGCAUGAACAAGCUGGUAUGGAACUACCACAUCCGCAGGCUCUACGAGGAGUCUACCGCUGCCUCCACCUGGUACUUGGGGUCGGUUAUUGCCUUUGACAACAUUGCCCAUGGUGACUCGGCCAUGUUGAACAACGACAUUUUAGGCUGGACUAACGGUUGGACUGACGGGGGUAAAGACAUCAUUAAAAUCGUCCAACACGAGAUUGACACCACUGGCGACUUUGUCAACGGCAAGUACUCCAAGAAUAUCGCCGUGGGCCACUCUUUAGGAGGUCAUCAGACGCUCAUGGCCGGGUACUUGGAACCGCACUUGUUUGACGUGGUGAUUCCCAUUGAAGCUCCUUAUUACUACGACCUCAGCCAACGAGACCGGUAUAUCGGCGUGUUCAAGAAGGUGUCCCGGCUUAUCCAAGACGAGUUCGAUACCCUCGAGGACUUUUACACCUACUAUCGCAAGUAUUCGUUUUACCAAACAAUGCAGCCGGAGGUGUUGAGUGAGAUGCUUGAAGACGAGUACUAUACAGUGUAUGAUCCGGCCACCAACACCACCAAGUACCGCAGCAAGGCCAGCAAGCAGCGGCAGGCGUCGUGCUACUUCUCGUCCAUGUACAACUUGAAAAAAUCCUAUACAAUGGUUCCGUUACUCGAGUGUAAAUGUGUGUUUGUGGAGGGAGAAAAAGCCACUUGGAAUCCACCUCAGGCCACCAAAUACUUCCAGGACACCGCCGACCCCAAUGCUUUGCUCAAGGUGCACACGGUUCCGGGAGGAACGCACAUGUGUUUUGGCGAGAAGCCGGACGAGCUCGUGGCGAUGCUUAAACAGUUAUUUGAAGAUAGGUCCAAGUUUGCCCUAGACGCCGUUAAGUUUUAUCCGGAGUCGAUAUACCACAACGACAAGAAGAAAAUUUUGGACCACCAGUUUGGGUUGGUGAUGGCGGGUCGGGACUAUGAGGCCAUCAAUUUUUAUGACAAGCCUGACUAUCCUAAGUUGUGAAGAUGUGUAGUAUUUAUAUAUGCUUAUCUAUGGCGCGCAGUUAUAUCGCGACCUCAUCUCAAAAUUUUUUCUUCACUAC